AUGUAUUCCUUGAACGCAAAUAUUGGGGAUAUUUGUUUCCCAUCUGUCUUUCUUGCCUUUUAUAUUAUUUUUUUUCUCACAUUAUCUAUCUAUAUCUAUUUUUAUCACACUUCUUUUCUCUUGUUCGCUUUCUUUGUCCCUCUCUCUGUUGUUCGCUUUCUUUGUCCCUCUCUCUCUUAUUCGCUUUCUUUGUCCCUCUCUCUCUCUUAUUCGCUUUCUUUGUCCCUCUCUCUCUCUUAUUCGCUUUCUUUGUCCCUCUCUCUCUCUUAUUCGCUUUCUUUGUCCCUCUCUCUCUUGUUCGCUUUCUUUGUCCCUCUCUCUCUUGUUCGCUUUCUUUGUCCCUCUCUCUUGUUCGCUUUCUUUGUCCCUCUCUCUCUUGUUCCUUUCUUUGUCCCUCUCUCUCUUUGUUCCUUUCUUUGUCUCUCUUGUUCGCUUUCUUUGUCUCUCUCUCUUAUUCGCUCUCUUUUGUCUCCUCUCUCUUCUGUUGUUCUCUCUUAUUCGCUCUCUUUGUCCCCUCUCUCUGUUGUUCGCUUUCUUUGUCCCUCUCUCUCUGUUGUUCGCUUUCUUUGUCCCUCUCUCUCUGUUGUUCGCUUUCUUUGUCCCUCUCUCUCUGUUGUUCGCUUUCUUUGUCCCUCUCUCUGUUGUUCUCUUUCUUUGUCUUCUCUCUCUCUGUUGUUCCUUUCUUUGUCCCUCUCUCUCUGUUGUUUUCCUUUCUUUGUCCCUCUCUCUCUGUUGUUCUUUCUUUUUCCCUUCUCUCUCUUUCGUUUUCCUUUCUUUGUCCAUCUUUUCUCUUCUCUUCUUUCUUUGUCCCUUUCUUUUUCGUUCUCGCUCUCUCGUUCGUUUUCCUUCUCUCUCUCUCUCUCGUUCCUUUUCCUUCUCUCUCUCUCUCUCUCUCUCUCAUUCGUUUUCCUUCUCUCUCUCUCUCUCUCUCGUUCAUUUCUCUCUCUCUCUCUCUCUCUCUCAUUCAUUUUUUUCCUCUCUCUCUCUCUCUCUCUCGUUUUCCUCUCUCUCUCUCUCGUUUUCCUUCUCUCUCUCUCUCGUUUUCCUUCUCUCUCUCUCUCUCGUUUUUUCCUUCUCUCUCUCUCUCUCGUUCGUUUUUCUCUUCUCUCUCUCUCUCUCGUUUUCCUUCUCUCUCUCUCUCUCGUUCGUUUUCCUUCUCUCUCUCUCUCGUUCAUUUUUUCUCUCUCUCUCUCUCUCGUUCAUUUUCUCUCUCUCUCAUUUUUCCUUCUCUCUCUCUCUCGUUUUUUCCUUCUCUCUCUCUCAUUUUCCUUCUCUCUCUCUCUUUUCCUUUUCUCUCUCUCAUUUUUCCUUUCUCUCUCUCUUUCCUCUCUCUCUCUCAUUUUCCUUCUCUCUCUCUCUCUCUCUUUUCAUUUUCCUUCUCUCUCUCUCUCGUUUCUCUCUCUCUCUCUCGUUUCCUUUUCUCUCUCUCUCUGGUUUCCCUUUUCUCUCUCUCUCUGUGGUUCGUUUCCCUUUUCUCUCUCUCUCUGUGGUUCGUUUCCCUUUUCUCUCUCUCUCUGUGGUUCGUUUCCCUUUUCUCUCUCUCUCUCUGGUUCGUUUCCCUUUUCUCUCUCUCUCUGUCUCUCUCUUUCUCCCUUUUCUCUCUCUCUCUGGUUCUUUCCUUUUCUCUCUCUCUCUGGUUUUCGUUUCCCUUUUCUCUCUCUCUCUGGUUCGUUUCCCUUUUCUCUCUCUCUCUCUCUCUCUGGUUUUCCCUUUUCUCUCUCUCUCUCUCUCUCUCUCUGGUUCAUUUUUCCUUUUUUCUCUCUCUCUCUCUCUCUCUCUGGUUCGUUUCCCUUUCUCUCUCUCUCUCUCUCUCUGGUUCGUUUUUCCCUUCUCUCUCUCUCUCUCUCUCUCUGGUUCGUUCCCUUUUUUCCCUUUCUCUCUCUCUCUGGUUGUUUUUUCCUUUUUCUCUCUCUCUCUCUCUCUCUCUGGUUCGUUUCCCUUUUCUCUCUCUCUCUCUCUCUCUCUCUCUGGUUUCCCUUUUCUCUCUCUCUCUCUCUCUCUCUGGUUCGUUUCCCUUUUCUCUCUCUCUCUCUCUCUGGUUCGUUUCCCUUUUCUCUCUCUCUCUCUCUCUGGUUCGUUUCCCUUUUCUCUCUCUCUCUCUCUCUCUGGUUCGUUUCCCUUUUCUCUCUCUCUCUCUCUCUCUCUGGUUCGUUUCCUUUUUCUCUCUUUCUCUCUCUCUAUCUGGUUCGUUUCUUCUCUCUCUUCUCUCUCUCUCUCUCUAUCUGGUUCGUUUCCUUUUUUCUCUCUCUCUCUCUCUGGUUCGUUUCCUUUUCUCUCUCUCUCUCUAAUUUCUUUGGUUUUCUCUCUCUCUCUCUCUCUCUCUGGUUCGUUUCCCUUUUCUCUCUCUCUCUCUGCUUUUCUUUCUCUUCCGCAACCACCUCUUUCUAUUUUCUUUUCUUUCUUUCAUCGCCUGUUUUCCUUUUCUUUUUCUACUCUUUUGACCGCUUUUUUUUUUUAAUUUUUCCUUUUUUUCUUCUCCCACCUAUUCUUUUAUUUUCGAUUCUUUCUCCUCUAUAUGUUACUUCUUUCUUACCCUCUUUCUUUUUCAUUCUCUUCUCCUUUCUUUUUCGCUCUUUGUGUUUUGUGUCUGUUCUCCUUUCUUUUCCUCUCUUUCUUUUCCUCUCUUUCUUUUCCUCUCUUUCUUUUCCUCUCUUUCUUUUCCUCUCUUUCUUUUCCUCUCUUUCUUUUCCUCUCUUUCUUUUUCGUGUCUGCUCUCCUUUUUCUUCCUCUCUUUUUUUUCUUUUUUGUAUCUGUUCUUUCUCUUCCUGUCUUCCCUUUUUGAAGUUCUGCUUUCUCUAUCUCUCUUUCCUUUCGUCACAACUCGGUAGUUUUCGUAAUUCUCGUUUCUCCGGUUUCUCUUUUCUUUUCUUUUCCUUUUCAUUUGUUGGCGUCGCUUUCUUUUUUGUUACCUUUUCCUUCCCCCGCCUCAAUUUCUUUUUUGUUUUUCUCCUUUCUCUUCCUCCCAUCCAUUCUCUGCCUCCUCCCCUUUCUCUGCCUCUCUUUUCUAUUUGCUCCCUUCUUCCUGUGUCUCUCUUGCCUUUUCGUAACCCCCCGCUUUCCUCCGCCUCUCGUUCUUUAUCGUUUCCUCUUUCUCUCUCCACUCAUUUCUCCUUCUCUCUUCUUUUUAUUCUAAUGCUAAUCUUCUUUUCAUUCCUCGUACCUCCUUUCGGAAGUGCUAUCAAUCUAUUUUUCUAA